CUCGCACAAGCUCCAGCUGUUGCCACGCUUGGGGCUAGUCCCGGCACGGCGUUUGGGGGAGCAGCAGCGCCCUCUGCUUUCGGUCCCCGCCUCUGCAGCAGCUGCCGCCCUCCUCAGCCGCCUGGGCCGCUGCCGCUGCUUUUGCAGCCGCCACGGCUCAGCCCCAGCUUCUCGCCCCGGCUGACCGAGAGCGAGGUGGAGCCCGGCCAUCCCAUCGGCUUCCAGCUUCGGACUUGCGGCUGUCUUAGCGCAGUUUAUUCCCUCUCGCUUUCGGCAAAUACGGCAGGAAAAGAAGAAAAAGAAGGGGGGGAAAAAGAGGAAAAGAUCACAGCCAGUUGAAGAACCUGAGGAUCAGAAAGAAGAAGCAACUUGCCCAUUGUCCACUGAAAAAUUAAAUUAGCAUUGUCCAAGAGGAGGGACUUUUUAGCCAUGAAUGCCAAAAAGGAUCAAAGAGAAAAGUGUGGGAGCCAAGAUUUACACCCCCUGCAUGCCUUUGUGAUGCUAAGUAUGAUUGUGGUGUUACUUCCAGUCAUUGGAACGUCCAAACAAAAUAUUCCAAGACUCAAACUCUCAUACAAAGACUUGCUGCUUUCAAACAGCUGUAUUCCUUUCCUGGGUUCAUCAGAAGGGCUGGAUUUCCAAACCCUGCUGUUAGAUGAGGAGAGGGGCAGGCUGCUGCUUGGAGCAAAGGACCACAUCUUCCUGCUCAGCUUGGUUGACUUAAACAAAAAUUUUAAGAAGAUUUAUUGGCCUGCAGCAAAGGAAAGGAUGGAAUUAUGUAAAUUAGCUGGAAAAGAUCCUUAUACAGAAUGUGCAAAUUUCAUUCGAGUUCUUCAGUCUUAUAACAGAACUCAUGUUUAUGUGUGUGGCACUGGAGCCUUUCACCCAAUAUGUGGAUACAUCGAUCUUGGAACUCAUAAGGAGGAAGUCUUGUUCAAACUGGACACACAUAAUCUGGAAUCGGGCAGAUUGAAGUGUCCCUUCGAUCCUCAGCAGCCUUUUGCUUCAGUAAUGACAGAUGAGUACCUCUAUGCUGGAACAGCUUCAGAUUUUCUUGGAAAAGACACUGCAUUUACAAGGUCCCUUGGCCCUUCUCAUGAUCAUCAUUACAUCAGAACUGAUAUUUCAGAACACUACUGGCUCAGUGGAGCAAAAUUUAUUGGAACUUUUCCCAUACCAGACACAUACAACCAAGAUGAUGAUAAAAUAUAUUUCUUCUUUCGUGAAUCAUCUCAAGAAGGCAGUACCUCUGAUAAGACUAUAUUAUCUCGAGUUGGAAGAGUUUGUAAGAAUGAUGUGGGAGGGCAACGUAGCCUUAUAAACAAGUGGACAACUUUUCUUAAGGCCAGAUUGAUUUGCUCAAUUCCUGGCAACGAUGGAGCAGACACUCAUUUUGAUGAGCUUCAGGAUAUAUUUUUACUUCCCACAAAAGAUGAAAGAAAUCCUGUAGUAUAUGGAGUCUUUACUACAACCAGCUCCAUCUUCAAGGGUUCAGCCGUUUGUGUCUAUAGCAUGGCUGAUAUCAGAGCAGUUUUCAAUGGUCCAUAUGCUCAUAAAGAAAGUGCAGAUCAUCGAUGGGUCCAGUAUGAAGGAAGAAUUCCUUACCCGAGGCCUGGCACAUGUCCAAGCAAAACAUAUGAUCCAUUGAUUAAGUCAACCAGAGAUUUUCCAGAUGAUGUCAUUAGCUUUAUAAAGCGGCAUCCUGUGAUGUAUAAAUCUGUAUACCCUGUGGCUGGAGGACCUACUUUUACCAGAAUUAAUGUGGAUUACAGAUUGACACAGAUUGUGGUCGAUCAUGUUAUUGCAGAGGAUGGCCAAUAUGAUGUCAUGUUUCUAGGAACAGAUAUUGGAACUGUACUAAAAGUUGUCAGCAUUGCAAAGGAGAAAUGGAAUAUGGAAGAGGUAGUGCUGGAAGAAUUGCAGGUAUUCAAGCAUCCUUCAUUAAUCUUGAAUAUGGAGAUGUCUUUGAAGCAACAACAAUUGUACAUUGGUUCCCGAGAUGGAUUGGUUCAGCUCUCUCUGCACAGAUGUGAUACGUAUGGGAAGGCCUGUGCAGACUGUUGCCUUGCCAGAGAUCCCUACUGUGCUUGGGAUGGAAAUGCAUGUUCUCGAUAUGCACCAACUUCCAAAAGGCGGGCUAGGCGGCAAGAUGUAAAAUAUGGAGACCCCAUCACUCAAUGCUGGGAUGUAGAAGACAGCAUUAGUCGUGAAACUGCUGAUGAAAAGGUGAUUUUUGGCAUUGAAUUUAACUCAACCUUUCUGGAAUGUAUUCCUAAAUCCCAGCAAGCAUCUAUUAAGUGGUUUAUCCAAAGAUCUGGAGAUGAGCAUCAAGAAGAGCUGAAACCCGAUGAAAGGGUCAUCAAAACCGAAUACGGGCUGCUGAUUCGCAGUUUGCAGAAGAAGGACUCGGGGAUGUACUACUGCAAGGCGCAGGAGCACACCUUCGUCCACACCAUCGUGAGGCUCACGUUGAACGUCAUAGAGAACGAACAAAUGGAAAAUACCCAGAAAGCGGAAGCCGAGGAGGGCCGGGGCAAGGAUCUGCUGGCCGAGUCGCGCCUGCGGUACAAAGACUACAUGCAGAUCCUGAGCAGCCCCAACUUCAGCCUUGACCAGUACUGCGAACAGAUGUGGCACCGGGAAAAACGGAGGCAGAGAAACAAAGGGGGCGCUAAAUGGAAGCACGUGCAGGAGAUGAAAAAAAAACGGAAUCGCCGGCACCACAAGGACCAUGAGCAGCCGCCCAGAGCUGUGGCCACGUAGUCCUUCCUCUUUUUCUGAAAGAAAUGACAUUUUUUAGCUGCGAAAAUCAAUAAAGACUGCGAUCUAGCCUUCCUACUUGUGCAUAGUCUCUCUACGAGGCGUUUUCCUAAUGCACAGUAACAGUAAUCUGGCUGAGACUGUAAUGGGAAAUGCAGGCUGCCUGAGGGGAAUUUAUUAAUUUAAAACCAUUUUGUUCCAAACUGACAUGAUGAAUUUAAGUGUCUGGAAUCACAGAUGAAAUGUGGGAUUUCUUUAAGUGUGGUUUCUAGUUCAGUGUUUUAUUUAAUUAGGUCAUAAAAAUAAAUGA